GAUUGGGCACGCCUGGGAAGAUGGCGGCGGCGGAGCGAGCGGAGCAGCCGGGGCAGGCUGGCUCCUGCCCUGCCACGGAAAACGCCGCGUCUCGGGAGCCGCUGAUUGUGACAGCAGUGAAGUUUUUACAGAAUCCACGGGUCCGCCAAAGUCCUCUUGCAACCAGAAGAGCAUUCCUGAAGAAGAAAGGCCUGACAGAUGAAGAAAUCGACCUGGCUUUCCAGCAGUCGGGCACGGGCACGGACGAGCCCCAGUCCCCAGGUCCUGCCACACACCCCGUGCCAGCUCAGCCCCCUGCCCCUGUGGUGUACAGUCCCCCUGGCUCCAGAUGGCGAGAUUAUGGGGCUUUGGCCAUCAUAAUGGCAGGAAUUGCCUUUGGAUUCCACCAGCUCUACAAGAAAUACCUGGUUCCUCUCAUCAUGGGAGGCAAAGAAGACAGGAAACAACUUCAGAGGAUCGAGUCCAACAUUUCUGAGAUGAGUGGCAGUGUGACACAGACAGUGACUCAGUUACAGACAACUUUAGCAGCUGUCCAGGAGCUGCUAAUCCAGCAGCAACAGAAAAUCCAGGACCUCACCCAAGAGCUGGCUGCUUCCAAGGCCACAACUUCCACCAACUGGAUCCUGGAGUCACAGAAUAUUAAUGAACUGAAAUCUGAGAUCUACUCUUUAAAAGGGCUUCUCCUGAACCGGAGGCAGUUCCCUCCCUCCCCCUCGGCUCCCAAGAUCCCGUCAUGGCAGAUCCCGGUGAAGCCCAGCUCGCCCUCCACCGCCGUCGUCGCCAACCACAACAGCAGCAGCGACAUCUCCCCGGUCAGCAACGAGUCCACCAGCUCGUCCCCGGUGAAGGAGAACCACAGCCCCGAGGGCUCCAAGGUCAGCUGCCACCUGCUGAGCUCCGAGGAGGCCACCAAGGCCGUCAUCGACGUCACCAGCCAGGUGAGGAUGGAGGUGCAGGGGGAGGAGGAGAAAAGGGAAACCAAGAGGAGCGAAGAGGAGGAAGAGGAUGAUGAGGAUGAUGAUGUCAGCCACGUGGAUGAGGAGGAGUGUCUGGGUGUCCAGACCGAGGACCGGCGAGGAGGGGAUGGGCAGAUUAAUGAGCAGGUGGAAAAGCUACGAAGACCUGAGGGUGCCAGCAACGAGAAUGAGAUUGACUAAGACACCCUGGCUGCUGCUGCUGCUGCUGUCCAUCCUCCCUGGCCUGCUGCACUGUCCCUGGGGCCUCUCCCGUUCUGUGGAGAGCAGUGCUCCCCUCCCCUCCAGUGAUUCUCCCAUGAUUGACCUCGAGCAGGGUCAUGAUUGCCUGGUGAACAAGGUGGGCCCUGUUUCACCACAGGGCUCUGCAGUGUCGCAGUGGCUUCCUCUCCCCUCCCAGCCCUUGUCCCGUGGGCUGGGGUCACUGCUGGGCUGGAAGACCGAUCGCCUUACCAUGCACCACAGCUACAGAGUCAGCCCUCCUGCAGAAACACCAUCUCUUGCUGCAUCCUAGAGCCAACCUCAGAAAUCUGUCCUGAGCUCCUUGAUUUCACAAGCCCUUAAUCCCCACAUAAGGCCCAAACCAGUUCUCUGUUUCCCAAAAUAACCCUCUGUUUUAUUUCUCAAACGACUUGAUAUUCUGUUGC